AUGCCUUCCACCUGCGAGCGCGAGAAUGGGAGCUUCCUGAGCGACGUUUCUCCCUUCGAUGCCAGCCCCAGCGAUGACUCGGCUGCGGGCUUCCUCCCAGCGGACAUGUCUGGGAGGCUCGAUCACAAGAAGGGAUGCACAGACAUCCGAUCCAUAGCCCAGUACUUCCGGUACCCCAUCAGCGAUGCUGCCCAGAUGAUGGACAUCUGUCCAACCGUCCUGAAGAAGAUCUGUCGACGGCACGGCAUCAACAGAUGGCCGCAACGCAAGCUGAAGAGCAUCGAGAAGCGGGUGCAGGAGCUGGCGGCCCGCGCGCCUGAGGCAGGUGCGGACCGAGCGAGCCUGCAGGCCAAGAUCGCGGAGCUGCAGGAGGAGAUGCAUGCCCUGACCUGUGGCCAGCUCAGUCUGCCAAGCCAUUGUGCUUGGUGA